AUGAAUGUUUGGCAAAGUAUUUUGCUCUUCAUUUUUUUCGCUGGAUCCAUUUCGUCAGCAUCAGAAAACAAUUUUCUUUUGAACUUUUGCUUCAGUAUUUUAUCAUGUCGCUCUAAUGAUACUUAUCUUAAGCUAACACCAGCCAACUUCAAUUCAAAUUUAUAUAAUUAUACAAUUCACAUCCCUAACGAUUAUCCAUCUUACAGAACAACAGGUCCUAUUCGUGUUGAGUUUUAUGUUGGCAUGAAUGUAUCAAAUACAGGCGCUUUUAAUUAUGAACAACGAACCGUUGCUAAAAGUGUUCUAUACGAUGCUAUGGACAAUCAAGUUUUAGCAUCAAGUGAAUUAGCGUUUUUUUCAAAUGAAAUGCUUCUUAUUUCUGUGAAUUUAUGGCAACCAAAGGAUCGAGUAGCAAUGUUUGAUAAUGAAAAUGAAGUCGCUACGAAAUUGAUUGUUUAUCGAUUUGAUGACGGCACUAUACGACAAAGUGAUCCAUACAUUUUGAUAUUUAAGCGAAAUGAAUAA